AUGCAGGCCUCUGGCUGCUUUCUUAUCUUCUGUCUCCUCUUAUUUUCUUACCACGCUUCCUUCUCCUCAGCUCUCACCGAGGCCGAAACCUCCUACAUUACUCAGCGCCAGCUCUUAUCCCUCCCUGAGAAUGGUGAUCUCCCCGACGACUAUGAAUACGAGGUUAAUAUCAACAUAACCUUUCCCAACGCAAGGCUCCGCCGGGCUUACAUCGCCCUCCAGGCAUGGAAGAAGGCCAUGUACUCCGACCCACAUAACGUUACAGGCAACUGGGUCGGUGCCGAUGUCUGUAACUACACCGGUGUCUUCUGCGCAAAUGCACUUGAUGAGCCCAAGUUGACUGUCGUCGCCGGCAUUGAUCUCAACAAUGAAGACAUUGCUGGGUUCCUUCCAGUCGAGCUCGGCCUCCUGAGAGACAUUGCCCUGUUCCACAUCAACUCCAAUCGCUUCUGUGGAAUCAUUCCCAACAGCUUCUCUAAGCUGACCAUUCUUCAUGAGCUUGAUGUCAGCAACAACCGCUUCGUAGGUCCGUUCCCAAGGGCAGUCCUCUCCAUACCUGCACUCAAGUACCUCGACAUCAGAUAUAACGACUUCGAAGGUCGCCUGCCGCCGGAGCUAUUCGAUAAGGAUCUAGAUGCAGUGUUCUUGAAUCACAACCGAUUGGAAGGCAACAUCCCUGAGAAUAUUGGAAACUCACCGGCUUCAGUCAUAGUUUUUGCCGAUAACAGGUUUACUGGGUGCAUCCCACGUAGCAUCGGUAAGAUGGGAAAGACACUGAAUGAGAUAGUUUUCUUGAACAACAACCUGACUGGCUGCCUGCCGCCGGAGAUUGGGUUGCUUGAGAAUGUAACAGUGUUUGCUGCUGCGUCCAACUCGUUUGUUGGUCUGUUGCCUAAGAGCAUUUCGGAGAUGAAGAGUGUGGAGUACUUGGACAUUUCAUACAACAUGUUAACAGGGUUUGUUACAGAGAAUAUUUGUAGAUUGCCAUCUUUGGUGAACUUCACCUUCUCGUAUAACUACUUCAAUGGAGAAGAGGCUGGAUGCAUGCCAUCAAAGAGGACAGACGCGAUAUUGGAUGAUACGAGCAACUGUUUGCCUGAUCGUCCUGGACAGAAGACAGCCAGCCUUUGCAUUCCGGUGGUGAAUCGACAGGUUGACUGUGGGAAGGCCUUAUGUGGUGGUGGUGGCUCUUCAUCACCGUCGCCAUCUAAACCAUCGACACCAUCACCAAUUUCACCUCCUUCAGUACAGCCCCAGCCCCAGCCCCAACCAUCUCCAUCUCCAAUUUCAACUCCAGCCACACCCAAACCAACACCAACACCAACACCAUCACCAUCACCUAUUUCCUUCCCACCAUCACCAUCACUAACACCAACACCAACACCAACACCAACACCAACACCAACACCUAUUUACUCCCCACCAACACCAACACCAUCACAAUCACCGAUUUACUUCCCACCAUCACCAUCACCAACACAAUCACCUAUUUACUCCCCACCAUCACCAACACCAGCACCAUCACAAGAGCCGCCAGUUCCAUCCACACCGACGCCUUCCAUCGCACCAAGCCUACCUCCUCUGGCGCCCGUUAACGCCUCUCCACGCAAUCCAGUAAGAAGUCCCCCGCCCCCACAGCUUGUACCCGUUCCUGCACCAGUUCAGUCUCCUCCAUCACCACCACCACCGCCAACUUCUUCUCCCCCACCACCACCCGUGUACUCCCCACCACCACCUCCACCGGUACAAUCACCUCCUCCACCUCCAUUGUACUCCCCACCACCUCCAUCACCUGUCUUUUCACCUCCUCCACCACCGCCCGUGCACUCUCCUCCACCACCUGUAUACUCCCCACCCCCUCCACCUGUCCACUCUCCACCACCUGUCUACUCACCACCACCACCACCUGUUCACUCCCCACCACCACCACCCGUCUUCUCUCCUCCUCCACCAUCUUCUCCAUCUCCUCCUCCUCCUCCUACCCAGUCGCCACCUCCUUUAAACCCCGAAGUCAACCUUCCUCCACACAUCGGCUUCCAGUACUCAUCACCUCCUCCACCAAUGGUCCCUGGCUAUUAA